AUGCUCUGUGCCAGUGGAUAUUAUGAUCAUUGUCCUAUUCAUCGUGUUAUUCAGAACUAUUUAGUUCAAACAGGUGAUCCAACAUUUACAGGUGAUGGAGGAGCAAGUAUAUAUGGAGAAAAAGUUCAAGUAGAGCCGUUUGGAGAUUUUUCAGAACCUGGUUAUUUAGCUUACGCAGAAACACACGAAGUUGGAUCACAAUUCUUUAUCACAGCAGCCAGUACACCAGAGCUUGCCGGUGAAUAUACGGCUUUUGGUCAUGUUAUUUACGGAUUAAAUAAUAUUAUCGCAUUUUCAAGAAUGCCCACGUUUGAAGAUCACCAACCCAUUAGACCAGCAGCAAUUAAAAGCAUUACAAUACAUGCAAAUCCUCUUGCAGAAUAA